UCACUUUUUCGGGUGGGAAGUGAGCCCCUCCUCUAAGCUCCCGACGAAGUUAUUUAGGGUGUAAAAUGGAUUUGAAUUUGCUGUUAGCGUUCACAUUUUGUGUCCGGACCACAAAAAGCAACAUACGGUCCAAGAAGGAGAUCGGACUUUUUUUUCAAACUGAUAUAAGGACACGUAUAAAGGUUUCAUGUGGACUCACUGCAAACUGGGAUUAAGUAACAUUUAUUUUCGUUUGGAAUUAUAACUUUCAGGAAAGACAGGAAGAUGUUGCUAAAUAUAAGACACAUAUUGUGGUUGAUCUGCAUAUACCAAACAACGACUGGACCUGUCUCUAGCACAUUAUUGGAGAUGCGUCCUGUCAGCGGCUUGUUGUCCGGGAAAGUGACCCUUCCAUGUUACUUCUCCAUCAUCCCCACUGUUGGACCUAGAAACAGAAAUGCCUCGGGAACAGACUACCUGCGCAUCAAAUGGACCAAAGUUGAAGGGGGUGUGGAGUCGACUGUUCUUGUCACUCAAAAUGGCGUCAUUAAGAUUGGUUCGGGCUACAGGAGCCGCGUAUCUGUGCAAAGUCACCCGGAAGACAUUGGCGAUGCUUCUCUAACUAUGGUGAAGCUUCGGGCAAGUGAUGCUGGAACAUACCGCUGUGAAGUAAUGUUUGGGAUUGAGGACACGCAAGACACAGUCAGUUUGAAUGUUGAUGGCGUGGUGUUUCACUACAGGUCAAAGUUCAGCAGAUACGUUCUGAACUAUGCACAAGCUGUGCAGACCUGUAGCGACGUUGGAGCCACCAUUGCUACAGCAGAACAGCUGAGAGCUGCUUAUGAGGAUGGAUUUGACCAGUGUGAUGCUGGCUGGAUUGCAGAUCAAACAGUGAGAUAUCCAAUCACUAAACCAAGGCCUGGCUGCUUUGGAAAUCUGCCUGGAAAACCUGGUGUCAGGUCAUAUGGCAAACGCAGGCCCACAGAGACCUUCGACGUGUUCUGCUAUGUGGAUAAGCUUGAGGGUAACGUCUACUUUGCGCCCACAAUGCGUAAGAUGACCUUUGCUGAGGCCAAGGCGGAGUGUGAAAGCAUGAAUGCAGAGCUGGCCUCACCUGGUCAACUCCACGCUGCCUGGAGACAGGGCCUCGACCGAUGCGAUUAUGGAUGGCUUUCUGACGGCAGUGCCCGCCACCCUGUCUCCAUCGCCAGAAGUCAGUGUGGGGGUGGUCUGCUGGGUGUCCGCACCAUGUACCGCUACCGAAACCAAACAGGCUUCCCGGAUCCCAAUAUGAAGCUAGGAGCAUACUGUUUCAAAGGCCCCUCUAUGCUUUUAUUCAACCAGUCCUCCUGGGUAGACGUCACAAUUCAGAGUGGUACAACUAUGGAGCCCACGACUGCAUUCUUUGCCACAGAGACCACCAGAGGCCAGACUUCUGAAGCCAGUCCCUCUCAUGCAUCACAGGCCACCUCUGAUGAUGACCUGUCUCCUACUGACGCCCCUUCUAUGUUUUCUACAAGCAUGGCACCACCAAAGACAAGCCACGUCCCUGACAGACUAGAAUCCGUCAACACACCAUAUGCAGCAGCAGUCAGUGUGAAAUCUGAGGAAAGCUUACCCACGACAAAACUUCCUGAAUUUGAUAUUAGUGAUUUUGGCACUGAGAAGGCUGAUGAUGAAGCAAAAGUUCGUGGAGAUGUGGUCCGUGAAGAACUUACUACCGCAGCUCCCACAGCCACGGAAGAACCAAUGGAGGAACUAGAGGAUAAGAGUAUCAUUGAAGUGAGGACCGUUCUACCUGAUGUUUUACUUUCAGCUUCACUAAGCACAAAACCGAUGUUUGCAGUUGGGAAAACAGAGGAAUCUAUCCUGGUUGAUAUUACAACAGACAAGAGUUUUAUAACAGUUUUAGAACCAGAGGCUUCUUUAGUAACAUUAGCAAACACUAUAGAAUCAGGAGACAAAAGUGAAUCGACUUCACUUAGCGAAUCCAUUACCGAAAGUGAUCAUGAUAAAUUCCCAACCCAGAAUCUGACUCACUCAGCUAGUGAGACCAGUACUGGUAAAGAUGAAGCUGAAUCACAGUCAUCCUUCUCAUUGGCAACAAAGGCUACUUUUCUUGAGAGUGCUAAGUCUACUGUUUUCUCUGAGUAUGAAGAUGAGACUGGUGUUGGUGUUGUUAUGGCGGACCCUCCACCUCUGUCUACACAAAGAUCCACCAGCUCAGAACCUGAACUCUCAGAAACCUCCAGUGGAGUUACCAUCACUGGUUCUACAGUUACAUCUACGGUUUUUAUGCAAAGCUCACAACCUAGAGAAACAUCUACAGGAACCUCCAAAUCUACACAAAAAGUGUCUCAAACAUUCACCAGCUAUUCAGAAAGUGAAAUUGUUGAAUUAACUGACCAUGUUACAAAGUCACCAAGUUUCACUACAUCUAGUUCAGCCACAGUUGCUGCCGGAGCAGCGAAAACAACACCUUCACUUACUGACCAUGAAACAUCACAUGAAGAAGCUGAUUCAGGCCCUUCAGAGGCACCCAAGGAGACACUAACAGAGGCCUUGCACACCACCACUUAUUCUGAUGACCUAGUUAAUCAAAGCCUGAUCCAUUUUGGAGAACAACAUCCUCAUAUUCCCCAGUUGGUAGAGAUUCCUGAGAUACCUGAUGAUCGGGAGACUGUUGUGUCAAGUGGGGAUUUUUUGUCCUCUCCAGACAUGUCCAUGACCCCAACAGUCAGCUUCAUAAACGGCAAGCUUGAAGUGACACUUCAUCCUAAAGAUGUGGCAGAAGAAGUUAGAGGAGACACAUUUGGAAGUGAUUCCCUUGGAGAAAAUAACUUAAGUGAACAAACAGAAACAACAUUUGAAGUUGAUAGUUCAUUAGUGGAGGUUGGCAGAACACCACAUGAAUCAUUGGUGUCGGGAUCUUCAUUGGUGUCCCCCUUGUUUUCCACAACCCUUGAUCCAGACAUUGAUUUUGGUCUAGGAGGAUUAGUAGUAGAAUCAACUCCGCCAUCAUCUCCUAUAGCAAUUAGUGAAGAGGAGAUGCUAAUAUCUGAAGGAACUGUCAUUCCAAGCAUUUCAUCCUCCAUCACUGAAAAACAACCUUUUGCAAAAUCAAUACACCCAGCAGUAUCAACAAAUAUUCCUUUGGAUCAAGAUGACACUACUAAAUCAUCUAUAUCUCUUUCAGUGCACAGUACUAGCUCAAUAACAAAAGACAAAGCCAAAGUUACAGCUGCUACAACACAGGUCAUGGGAAUGACAACUCAGAAAGAUGAUUUGACUAAAACGACAACACCCACAGAUGUUUCUGCCCUAGAGUCUACUUCUGGACAUAUGGACCACUUGGAUACAUAUGAAGCAGGCGUAAGUGUUCAGACACCUCAAGUGUUCACUUUGACGCUACCAACUCAAGUAUCGAGUACAACAACAAGUAAACUGGACAUAACAUUUACACUUAGACCAUCAUCGAGUGAGAGAACCAAGAAUUUAGAGAUGACCACAGCAAAAGAUGAGCUUUCACCAUCACACUUUUCUUCAGUUUUACAAUCUUCAGAGUCAGAAGCUUCAGGAGAUGAGACAUCUUACAUGUUUAGCACCACAACAAUAAGUUCUGCAUUAGAUACAAUGACCAAAUCAGUCCAAGAGCUCAACAAAACCACAAAAACAAUCUCAGUGUCCAGCUCAACAGACACUGAGCCUACAAGAGAUCAGAGAACUGAGAUACAUAGUAGAGAACCUGUUUCCUCUCCUGACUCUACUUCAUCAAGCACAAUACAUACAUUCAGCACUAGGGAAUCAACAGGACGAACAUUCACAAGUCAAGAUAUUACAUCACAUACAGCAACAAACACAGCUUCUGUGGUGGAGGACAAAGAGCUGUCAGCAAAACCAUCUGAGUCCACUGUCAUUGAUGUUUCAGGCACUCUGUUCUCCGCCACUGAACAUUUAGAUGAGAAACUAGCUGAAAGCACUCUCACAUUGACUUCAGAGAAGACAACUGCCAAAAAUGUGUUGUCACCAAGUUCCUCAUUGUACACCACAAGCAAAUCAUACCAAGAACUCACCAAAACAGCAUCUGACACAACAGAAACAACCACUGUACCCAGUACAUCAGAUGCUGAAAUCAGAAGAGAUGAGACAACUGAGGCACAUAAAGAACAUGUUUCCUCUCUUGACUCUACUAAAACUAGCACAGUACAUAUAUUUACACCAUUGAGUACUGGGGACUCAACAGAAAAAACAUUAACAAGUCAAGAUAUUACAUCACAAAAAUCAACAGCAAGUGUGAAAGAGGUAUUACAUCCCAGCUCAACUGAUGCCAAGGCUACAAGAGAGCAGACAAUUGAGGCACAAAGUAGAGAACCUUUUUCCUCUCUUGACUUUACUGUAACUAGUACCGCACAUACAUUUACAUCAUUAAGCACUGGGUACUUAAUGGAACCAACAGUCAUUAGUAAAGAUAUUACAUCAAAUACAGCAACAACCACAGCGACUGUGAUUGAGGACAAAGAGCUUUCAGCAAAACCAUCUGAGUCCACCGUCAUUGAUGUUUCUGAGUUUCUGUUCUCUACAACAAAAACAGAAUAUAUGGAUGAAAAAUCACAUGAAACCACAACAAUUUCACAGAAGACUACUGCCAAAGAAGCUCUUACACAAUCAAAUUUUUUUUCAAGCUUGCCAUUAACAGAGUCUGAAGCAUCAGGAGAUGAGACCUCUGAAAUGAUUAGCAAAGAUUUCACAACCAGUUCCUCACUUCGUACUACAAUAAAAUUAGAUGAAACAACAGAAACAUUCUCAGUGUCCACCUCAUCAGAUGUUGUAGUUACACAAGAUCAGACAACUGAGGCACAUAGUAGAGAACCUGUUUCCUCUCUUGACUCUACUGAAAUUAGUACAGGACACACAUUAACAUCACUGAGCACUGAGCACUCAACAGAAAGAACAGUCACAAGUCAAGAUGUUACUUCACAUCCAGCAACAACCACAGCGACUGUUAUGGAGGAAAGAGAGCUGUCAGCAAAACCAUCUGAGUCCACCAUUAUGGAUGUUUCAGAGACUCUUUUCUCCUCUGCUCAGACUGAACAAUUAGAUAAGACAUUAUCUGAAAGCACUGUCACAAUGACCUCCGAGAAGACAACUGCCAAAGAUUUGCUGUCACCCUCAAGUUUUUCUUCAAGCUUGCCAUUAACAGAGUCUGAAGCAUCAGGAGAUGACACAUCUGAUAUGUUUAGCAAAGAUUUCACAACCAGUUCCUCACUUCAUACUACAAGAAAAUCCGAUGAAGAUCUCAUUAAAGCACCAUCUGAAACAACAGAAACAAUCUCAGUGUCCACCUCAUCAGAUGCUGUAGUUAGACAAGAUCAGACAACUGAGGCACAUAGUAGAGAACCUGUUUCCUCUCUUGACUCUACUGAAAUUAGUACAGGACACACAUUAACAUCACUGAGCACUGAGCGCUCAAAAGAAAGAACAGUUAUAAGUGAAGGUAUUACAUCGCAUACAGCAACAACCACAGCGACUGUUAUGGAGGAAAAAGAGCUGUCAGCAAAACCAUCUGAGUCCACCAUUAUUGAUGUUUCAGAGACUCUGUUAUCAUCUGCUCAGACUGAACAUUUAGACAAAAUAUUAUCUGAAAGUACUGUCACCAUGACCUCAGAGAUGACAACUGCCAAAGAUGUUCUGUCACCCUCAAGUUUUUUUUCAAGCUUGCCAUCAACAGAGUCUGAAGCAUCAGGAGAUGACACAUCUGAUAUGUUUAGGAAAGAGUUCACAGCAACAAGUUCACUGUACACCACAAGCAAAUCAGACAAAGAACUCACCAAAACCACAGGAACAAUCUCAUUGUCCAGCUCAUCAGACACAGUGGCUACAAGAGAACAGACACCUGAGAUGCAUAGUAGUGAACCUGUUUCCACUCUUGACUCUACUGUAACUAGUACCAUACAUACAUUGACAUCAUUGAGCACUGGGAUCUCAACAGAACAGACAGUCACAAGUCAAGAUGUUACUUCACAUACAGCAACAACCACCACAGUGACUGUUAUGGAGGAAAAAGAGCUGUCAGCAAAACCAUCUGAGUCUACCAUUAUUGAUGUUUCAGAGACUCUUUUCUCCUUUACUCAGACUGAACAAUUAGACAAGACAUUAUCUGAAAGCACUGUCACAAUGGCCUCAGAGAUGACAACUGCCAAAGAUUUGCUGUCACCCUCAAGUAUUUUUUCAAGCUUGCCAUUAACAGAGUCUGAAGCAUCAGGAGAUGACACAUCUGAUAUGUUUAGCAAAGAUUUCACAACCAGUUCCUCACUUCAUACUACAAGAAAAUCAGAUGAAGAUCUCACUAAAACACCAUCUGAAACAACAGAAACAAUCUCAACGUCCACCUCAUCAGAUGCUGUAGUUAGACAAGAUCAGACAACUGAGGCACACAGUAGAGAACCUGUUUCAUCUCUUGACUCUACUGAAACUAGUACAGUACAUACAUUAACAUCACUGAGCACUGAGUGCUCAACAGAAAGAACAGUUAUAAGUGAAGGUAUUACAUCACAUACAGCAACAACCACAGCGACUGUUAUGGAGGACAAAGAGCUGUCAGCAAAACCAUCUGAAUCCACCAUUAUUGAUGUUUCAAAGACUAUGUUAUCAUCUGCUCAGACUGAACAUUUAGACAAAAUAUUAUCUGAAAGCACUGUCACCAUGACCUCAGAGAUGACAACUGCCAAAGAUGUUCUGUCACCAUCAAGGUUUUUUUCAAGCUUGCCAUCAACAGAGUCUGAAGCAUCAGGAGAUGACACAUCUGAUAUGUUUAGGAAAGAGUUCACAAUAACAAGUUCAUUGUACACCACAAGCAAAUCAGACAAAGAACUCACCAAAACCACAGGAACAAUCUCAUUGUCCAGCUCAUCAGACACAGCGGCUACAAGAGAACAGACAACUGAGACGCAUAGUAGUGAACCUGUUUCUACUCUUGACUCUACUGUAACUAGUACUGUACAUACACUGACAUCUUUGAGCACUGGGAUCUCAACACGACGAACAGUCACAAGUCAAGAUGUUACUUCACAUACAGCAACAACCACAGCGACUGUUAUGGAGGACAAAGAGCUGUCAGCAAAACCAUCUGAAUCCACCAUUAUUGAUAUUUCAAAGACUAUGUUAUCAUCUGCUCAGACUGAACAUUUAGACAAAAUAUUAUCUGAAAGCACUGUCACCAUGACCUCAGAGAUGACAACUGCCAAAGAUCUGCUGUCACCCUCAGGUAUUUUUUCAAGCUUGCCAUUAACAGAGUCUGAAGCAUCAGGAGAUGGCACAUCUGAUAUGUUUAGCGAAGAUGUCACAACCAGUUCCUCACUUCAUACUACAAGAAAAUCAGAUGAAGAUCUCACUAAAACACCAUCUGAAACAACAGAAACAAUCUCAGUGUCCACCUCAUCAGAUGCUGUAGUUACACAAGAUCGGACAACUGAGGCACACAGUAGAGAACCUGUUUCCUCUCUUGACUCUACUGUAACUAGCACAGUAUAUACAUUAACAUCACUGAGCACUGAGCACUCAACAGAAGGAACAGUUAUAAGUGAAGGUAUUACAUCACAUACAGCAACAACCACAGUGACUGAGGACAAAGAGCUGUCAGCAAAACCAUCUGAAUCCACCAUUAUUGAUGUUUCAAAGACUAUGUUAUCAUCUGCUCAGACUGAACAUUUAGACAAAAUAUUAUCUGAAAGCACUGUCACCAUGACCUCAGAGAUGACAACUACCAAAGAUGUUCUGUCACCAUCAAGGUUUUUUUCAAGCUUGCCAUCAACAGAGUCUGAAGCAUCAGGAGAUGACACAUCUGAUAUGUUUAGGAAAGCGUUCACAACAACAAGUUCAUUGUACACCACAAGCAAAUCAGACAAAGAACUCACCAAAACCACAGGAACAAUCUCAUUGUCCAGCUCAUCAGACACAGCGGCUACAAGAGAACAGACACCUGAGACGCAUAGCAGUGAACCUGUUUCUACUCUUGACUCUACUGUAACUAGUACUGUACAUACACUGACAUCUUUGAGCACUGGGAUCUCAACAGGACGAACAGUCACAAGUCAAGAUGUUACUUCACAUACAGCAAAAACCACAGCAACUGUUAUGGAGGAAAGAGAGCUGUCAGCAAAACCAUCUGGGUCCACCGUUAUUGAUGUUUCAGAGACUAUUUUCUCCUCUGCUCAGACUGAACAUUUAAGCAAGACAUUUUCUAAAAGCACUGUCACAGUGACCUCAGAGAUGACAACUGCCAAAGACUUGCUGUCACCGUCAGGUAUUUUUUCAAGCUUGCCAUUAACAGAGUCUGAAGCAUCAGGAGAUGGCACAUCUGAUAUGUUUAGCAAAGAUUUCACAACCAGUUCCUCACUUCAUACUACAAGAAAAUCAGAUGAAGAUCUCACUAAAACACCAUCUGACACAACAGAAACAAUCUCAGCGUCCACCUCAUCAGAUGCUGUAGUUACACAAGAUCAGACAACAGAGGCACACAGUAGAGAACCUGUUUCCUCUCUUAACUCUACUUCAUCAAGCACAGCACACACAAUAACAUCACAGAGCACUGAGCACUCAACAGGAAGAACAGUCACAAGUCAAGAUGUUACUUCACAUACAGCAACAACCACAGUGACUGUUAUGGAGGCAAGAGAGCUGUCAGCAAAACCAUCUGAGUCCACCAUUGUUGAUGUUUCAGAGACUCUUUUCUCCUCUGCUCAGACUGAACAUUUAGACAAGACAUUAUCUGAAAGUACUGUCACAGUGCCCUCAGAGAAGGCAACUGUCAAAGAAGCUUUUAUACCAUCAAGUUUUUCUUUAAGCUUGCCAUCAACAGGGUUUGAAGGUUCAGGAAAUGAGACCUCUGAUAUGUUUAUUAAAGAUGUUACAACGACAAGUUCUUCAAUUUAUACUGCAACCAAAUCGGACCAAGAACUUACCGAAACACCAUCUGACAAAGCAGAAAUUGUAGUGUUCAGCUCAACAGAUGCUGAAGCUACAAGAGAUCAGACAACUGAGGCGCAUAGUAAAGAACUUGUUUCCACUAUUGACUCUACUGAAACUAGAGCAGUACAUGAAUUUACAUGGAGCACUCGGGAGUCAACAGGAAGAUCAGUCACAAGUGAAGAUAUUACAUCAAAUACAACAACAACCACAGUGACUGUGAUGGAGGACAAAGAUCUGUCAGCAAAACCAUCUGAGUCCACCAUCAUUAAUGCAUCAGAGACUCUGUUCUCCUCUGCUCAGACUGAACAUUUAGACAAGAUAUUAUCUGAAAGCACUGUCACAAUGACCUCAGAGAUGACAACUGCCAAAGAUAUUUUGUCACCAUCAAGUUUUUUUUCAAGCUUGCCAUUAACAGAGUCUGAAGCAUCAGGAGAUGACACAUCUGAUAUGUUUAGCAAAGAUUUCACAACCAGUUCCUCACUUCAUACUACAAAAAAAUCAGAUGAAGAUCUCAUUAAAACACAAUCUGAAACAACAGAAACAAUCUCAGCGUCCACCUCAUCAGAUGCUGUAGUUACACAAGAUCAGACAACAGAGGCACACAGUAGAGAACCUGUUUCAUCUCUUGACUCUACUGUAACUAGCACAGUACAUACAUUAACAUCACUGAGCACUGAGCACUCAACAGGUAGAACAAUCACAAGUCAAGAUGUUACUUCACAUACAGCAACAACCACAGCGACUGUUAUGGAAGACGAAGAGCUGUCAUCAAAACCAUCUGAGUCCACCAUUAUUGAUCUUUCAGAGACUCUGUUCUCCUCUGCUCAGACUGAACAUCUAGAAGAUAAAUUAUCUGAAAGCACUGUUGCUAUGACCUCAGAGAAGACAACUGCCAAAAAUCUGUUGUCUCCAAGCUCCCCAUUGUACACUACAAGCAAAUCAGACCAAGAACUCACCAAAACCACAGGAACAAUCUCAUUUUCCAGCUCGUCAGACACAGCAGUUACAAGAGAUCAGACAACUGAGACACAUAGUAAAGAACCUGUUUCUACUCUUGACUCUUCUGUAACUAGUACUGUACAUACAUUUACAGCAUUGAACACUGGCAUUUCAACAGGGAGAACAGUCACAAGUCAAGAUGUUACUUCACAUACAGCAACAACCACAGUGACUGUGAUAGAGGACAAAGAUCUUUCAGCAAAACCAUCUGAGUCUACCAUAUUUGAUGAGACUCUGUUCUCCUCUGCUCAUACUGAACAUUUAGACAAGAUAUUAUCUGAAAACACUGUCACAAUGACCUCAGAGAUGACAACUGCCAAAGAUGUGCUGUCACCGUCACAUUUUUUUUCAAGCUUGCCAUCAACAGAGUCUGAGACAUCAGGAGAUGAUACCUCUGAUAUUUUUAGCAAAGAAUUCGUGACAAGUUCAUUUUACAUCACAAGCAAAUCAGACCAAGAACUCACCAAAACAACAGAAACAAUCUUAGUGUCCAGCUCAUCAGAUGCAGUGGCUACAAGAGAUCAGACAACUGAGGCACAUAGUGGCGAGCCUGUUUCCACUCUUGAUUCUACUGUAACUAGUACAAUGCAUACAUUUACAUCAUUGAGCACUGUGGACUCAAAAGGGCAGACCGCCUCAACUGAAGAUAUUAUGUCACAUACAGCAACAACCACAGUGACUAUUAUAGAGGACAAAGAGCUGUCAGCAAAACCAUCUGAAUCCACCAUCAUUGAUGUUUCAGAGACUCUUUUCUCCUCUGCUCAGACUGAACAUUUAGACAAGACAUUAUCUGAAAGUACCGUCACAAUGACCUCAGAGAAGACAACUGUCAAAGACGCUCUUUCAUCGUCAAGUUUUUCUUUAAGCUUGCCAUUAACAGAGUCUGAAGGUUCAGGAAAUGAUAUCUCUGAUAUGUUUAUUAAAGAGAUCACAACGACAAGUUCUUCAAUUUAUACUGCAACCAAAUCAGAACAAGAACUUACCAAAACAUCACCUGACAAAGCAGAAAUCUCAGUGUCCAGCUCAACAGAUGCUGAAGCUACAAGAGAUCAGACAACUGAGGCGCAUAGUAAAGAAACUGGUUCCACUCUUGACUCUACUGAAACUAGUACUGUACAUACGAUUACACUGAGCACUGGAGACUCAACAGGAGGAACAGUCACAAGUCAAGAUGUUACAUCACAUACAUCAACAACCACAGCGACUGUGAUGGUGGACAAAGAGCUGUCAGCAAAACCAUCUGAGUCCACCAUUAUUGAUGUUUCAGAGACUCUGUUCUCCUCUGCUCAGACUGAACAUUUAGACAAAAUAUUUUCUGAAAGUACUGUCACAAUGACCUCAGAGAAGACAACUGCCAAAGAUGUUCUGUCACCAUCAAGGUUUUUUUCAAGCUUGCCAUUAACAGAGUCUGAAGCAUCAGGAGAUGACACCUCUGAAAUUUUUAUCAAAGAUUUCACAACCAGUUCCUCACUUCAUACUACAAGAAAAUCAGAUGAAGAUCUCACCAAAAUACCAUCUGACACAACAGAAACAAUCUCAGUGUCCACCUCAUCAGAUGCUGUAGUUACACAAGAUCAGACAACAGAGGCACAUAGUAGAGAACCUGUUUCCUCUCUUGACUCUACUAUAUCAAGCACAGUAAACACAAUAACAUCACAGAGCACUGAGCACUCAACAGGAAGAACAGUCACAAGUCAAGAUGUUACUUCACAUACAACAACAACCACAGUGACUGUUAUGGAAGACAAAGAGCUGUCAGCAAAACCAUCUGAGUCCACCAUUAUUGAUGUUUCAGAGACUCUUUUCUCCUCUGCUCAGACUGAACAUUUAGACAAAAUAUUUUCUGAAAGUACUGUCACAAUGACCUCAGAGAUGACAACUGCCAAAGAUAUUUUGUCACCAAGUUUUUUUUCAAGCUUGCCAUUAACAGAGUCUGAAGCAUCAGGAGAUGGCACAUCUGAUAUGUUUAGCAAAGAUUUCACAACCAGUUCCUCACUUCAUACUACAAGAAUCUCAGAUGAAGAUCUCACCAAAACACCAUCUGAAACAACAGAAACAAUCUCAGCGUCCACCUUGUCAGACGUUGUAGUUACACAAGAUCAGACAACUGAGGCACAUGGUAGAGAACCUGUUUCCUCUCUUGACUCUACUGAAAUUAGUACAGGACACACAUUAACAUCACAGAGCACUGAGCGCUCAACAGGACAAACAUUCACAAGUCAAGAUAUUACUUCACAUCCAGCAACAACCACAGUGACUGUUAUGGAGGACAAAGAACUGUCAGCAAAACCAUCUGAGUCCGCCAUUAUUGAUGUUUCAGAGACUCUGUUCUCCUCUGCUCAGACUGAACAUUUAGACAAAAUAUUUUCUGAAAGUACUGUCACAAUGACCUCAGAGAUGACAACUGCCAAAGAUAUUUUGUCACCAUCAAGUUUUUUUUCAAGCUUGCCAUUAACAGAGUCUGAAGCAUCAGGAGAUGACACAUCUGAUAUGUUUAGCGAAGAUUUCACAACCAGUUCCUCACUUCAUACUACAAGAAAAUCAGAUGAAGAUCUCAUUAAAACACCACCUGAAACAACAGAAACAAUAUCAGUGUCCACCUCAUCAGAUGCUGUAGUUACACAAGAUCAGACAACUGAGGCACAUAGUAGAGAACCUGUUUCCUCUCUUGACUCUACUGAAAUUAGUACAGGACAUACAUUGACAUCAUUGAGCACUGAGGACACAAAUGGACAAACAGUCUCAAGUGAAGUUAUUACAUCACAUACAACAACACUGUCACCAUCAAGUUCUUCUUCAAGUUUGCUAUCAACAGAGAUUGAAGCUUCAGUAUAUGACACAUCUGAGGACAAUAAGUUCACAACAAGUCCUUCAUUGUACACCACAACCAGAUCAGACCUAGAUCUCAACAAAACCAAAGCAACAAUCUCAGAGUCCAGCUCAACAGAUGCUGAGGUGACAAGAGAUAAAACUGAUCACUCGACAGUAAAAGACUUUGCAACAACAGGUUCUUCAUUGUACAGCACAACCAAAUCAGACCAGGCAUUCACUAAAACACCAUCUGACACAGCAGAAACAUUCUCAGUGUCCAACUCAACAGAUGCUGAAGCUACAAGAGGUCAGACUGAUGCACAUAGUAGAGAACCUGUUUCCUCUCCUGACUCUCCUGUAACUAGCACAGAACAUCCAUUUACAUCAAGCACUGGGGACUCAACAGGUCAAACAGUCACAAGUCAAGAUAUCAUAUCACAUAAGGCAACAGCAGCUGUGUUGGAGGACGAAAAGCUGUCUGCAAAACCAUCUGAAUCCACUGUCACUGAUGUUUCAGAGACUCUUUUCUCCUCUGCUCAGCCUGGACAUUUUGGUACUUUCACAAGUACAAUUAUACCAAAGAGGACAACAUCCAAAGAUGUUCUGUCACUGUCAAGUUUUACUUCCGUUUUGCCAUCUUCAGAGUAUGAUGGUUCAGGAGAUGACACCUCUAAUAUGUUCAGUAAAGAGUUCACAACAAGCUCUUCACUUCAUAUUACAAUUAAAUCAGAUGAUGAAAUCACCAGAACUACAACUCCUGUUAAAAUGCAAACGGAGCAAGCUUCCACACUAGACCUUUCCACAGCACCUUCUACAGACAUGACAAAUACAAGCGCUGUGUGGACUUCAACUCAUGUAGAGAUCCCAAGAAUUCAGCCAACAGAGAGACAUCAAACAGAAUCCCUUUCCACAUUUCCCUCUACCAUCUCAGAUGAAAAAUUUCAGGAGGAGGUUUCAAGUGAUGAAGGCAGAAUUACACAGACAACUAAAUCAUAUGAUCAUUAUAUUGUAGCCACUGAUGAGGCAGAAAUUCAUGAGACUGACCAAACAUCAAAACCAGUGAGGUCUGAAAGUUCUUCACAUUCCACGUCAUCCACAACAGAAUUGUUUUCUAACACAGUCCAAACAGUAAUUACAGACACAACUUCUGAACAAGGCAGUGGAGACAUAUCUGAAAAUGAAGUAGCUGAAGAUAGUGGUUCUGGUGAGAUAUCUUCUGCUGUUGUAGAAUCAAUUCCUCCUCAAGUUACACCAUCAGAGGACAAGACAACUGUUAUUGGUUAUGAGUCAAUUGCUUCUUCUGGAGUGCAGUCAUCAGAAAAUAUAACUGCAAGAAUAGAUGUUAAAACAGCUGUGAGUGGAGAAGCUAGAUCAAGCUCAUUUUUUACUCUUACCACAUCUCCCUCAUCUAUGAUCAAAACAGUCACAAGUCAAGAGGUCAUGACACCCAAGAUUGUCUCCUCAGCAACUGAAUUUGAAUCAAGUUACACAACAACACAGCCUGUUAGUACACAAUUCACAGAGUCUGUGGUUGCCACCCACACAGCCCCAGAGUCUUCCAGACCUUCUCAUACUAUUACAGAAUCACAGUUGACUAGACAGACUACAGAAUCAAGUCAUACUGCAAUUGGAUCAAGUAAACUUAGCCACACUUCAGUGGCAACAGUUGAAUCUGGUCAUACUGUACCUUCAGCUAUCCAAACAACUCCUGGUUCUUUUAAGCACAGCCAAACAUCAACAGUCACUGAAAGUUACAAAGCGACUUCAGCUCCUCUCAGGACAAGAACAAUGUUUACAUCACCUUCUAGCAAAAGCCAUAGCAGGCACACAACAAUCUCAUCUGUAGAUUCAGAGGAUGACAGAACAGAUGAAGAAGGAUCAGGGGAGCCUCCUGUCAUGCAUGUUUCAUCAGCAGCCAUAAAAACUCAGACUGGUUCUCCUACAGUUCAUAUAACCAGCACUGGCUUUACAGAACUUGACAGGGACAUCACUGUAACACAAAGCUUGAGCUCCGUCACAUCUGCCUUUGUAGACAGAGAGGGCUCUGGUAUUGUUGAAGAUGACCAGGAAACCACUCAACUAGAGGGUUCUGGUGAGGAGGACAGAGCGAGUUCAACAGCUGAAAUGUAUGAUAAUUAUACUGUGGCCACAGAUAAGGCAGAACUCAGUGAGUCUUAUCACACAUCAGAGCCAGUAAGUUUUUCAGGUUCCCCCCAUUCCACAUCUUUUACGACUGAAAUAUCCCCAGCAGAUCUUGAGUCACAGCCACAGAGAACUGAAACCGCACCUGCUCCAGUUGUGUCAAGCACAUCUGAAACUUCAUCAGUGUCAGAGACACAAAAGAGUACCUUAAAGCCAAGUACUCCAGAAAUCAACUUGAAUGAGUUUUCAUUAUCAACCACAAAGGAUGACAAGGAAUUUUCUUCACCCGGAGAUCCUACUGAUGAGAUAUCCAAAACACCAACAACUAAGUCAUAUGAGGACCUAACUGUUAGAACUGAUGAAGCAGAAGUAUAUGAAACUGAGGAGAAAACUCAAGUCAACUUAGGUUUCUCAAGUGCUGCAUCUGUCACUGGCAGUACAGAUUUCAUACAUCAGACAACUUUAUCCCCAUUUUCCUCAUUCCUGAGCUCCACUCAGUCAACUGUAACAUUUACAACUUCACUUUCAGACGAUGGCAGUGGGGAAGACUCAACAGAGCGGGAUGGAGCAGAAGAUGAUGGAUCAGGUGAUGACAUAACUCCUGUGACAUCGUCACCUUUGCUCUCAAAGAUGACAGAAACAACGAUUAGCAUGACACCCUUUAGUUCAGUCAGCAGUGGACAAGACAGUACAGACAAAGUUGUUUCACACAGAACCACAACACCUCAAAUGCAGAGUGUGUUCUCAAGCACAAAUGCUGAAGGUUUCACUCUGGUCUCAGAGACAGCACAGACAGAGCAGGAACCUUCUGGUGGUUCUGUUUCAGAGUCAACAUCCACUAGCUUCACUGGUCCCGAAACACAUUCUGAUGUGGUAAUCAGCCACACUGCAUUGCCUUCUUUAGUGCCUUCUCAAGGUCCUGUGUCCACCCCUACUCCAUCUGUCUUCUCUAAGGACAAUGCUGAUAAGCAAGUCUCUUCUACAAACCCAGUCUUAAUAUUCACAGAGGAGGAAGAUGAAGAUAAGCUGUUUUCAACUGUAACAGAGAGUAUGAGAGAUCAUAGCAUCAAACCAGAUGUUACCAGUAAGGAUGAAAUAAUCCUUGAUGCAGAUAAAAUGUCUGUUUUAGAGCAGUCUUCACCUUUUGCCCCUACAAUUGUUACAGAAGAAGCAGGUGGAGUAACCCCAGUUGUCAUGAUGGCACAUCCCUCAAGCAUUAUGACAGAGGAACCAGAGGGAUCUGGAACGGAUGGCACCGAGUUACCUCAGUUACAUAUGUCAUUUGAAACCUCUCCAGAUGAGUUAAUAGUUCAACAAACAACAUCAACCCCAGACAUCCUGCAGAGCAGUUCAACAUAUGUAGAUGAGGAAACACAAGCAACACAAACAGAAACUCCUGAGGCUACCCAUGCUGAUGUAAAUGAACACACAAUAGAUCGUCAGACCUCCACAGAAUCCAAACAAGUUACAAUGGAGACACUGACUGAUGACUUCUCAGGAGUCACUGUGUCUACUGAAGAUUAUAAUGUGAAAACAUCCACUUUAACCCCCAAAUCAUCUCAAGUGUCCACAGACAAAGUCAUAGAAAUAAUUUCAGCUGAAGAGGACCAAUCUGAGGAUGUUCUACACAUUCAGAUCCUAUCAACAACGGCUUCCAAGACCAAAAAGGAAACAGUGUCACCAACAGCCAUAGAAAGAAAGACAACACCACUACCCUUUCAUACAAUAUCUUCUGAGGUGGAAGCUUCAAGUGAACUAACAGAUCUAUAUGAACCAGUUCAAACAACUAUGUCCAGUUACUCUUUCACUUCAUCCAUUGCUGUUACAACUAGUUCUCUAUAUGUUGAUUCUGUUUCACCUGAAGAAUCAAUUUACUUUACUGGAAAUGAUGCAACAUCAGGAGUGAAUGUUUCUACACAACAUUCAGAUGAGAUUACAGACUCUGAACAGUCAGUCUCUCCAGUAUCAGAUUUAAAAAGCACUGCAUCCAUCCAUUCUGUAUCAGAUCAAACAUCUGUCACAGAUUCAGUAACAAUACGUAUGGAUUUAGAAAGUAUUAGCAUGGCUGAACCUGUCAAAACCACUGCAAGUACAUACACUGGAAUGGCAGUAACAUAUGUGAAGGAUUUAUCAGCUGACACAGAGGAAACAUUAGACAUCACAAGUGUUGAAGGCAUUGUACUAAGUAGUCCCUCUUCUGAUAAGGUAAUUCAGGGGAGUGAAUUAACAAGCACAGAUAUAUCAUCUGGUAUUUCAGAGGAAACCACAAGUGCACUAUUUUCUUUAACAGAUGAUGGUUCAGGUGAUCAGACUAAUGAAAUGUUUAUAGGACAGCCUGAUUCAACAGACUCCCCUUUAACAGCUGCAGUUUCAUCAUCUGUGGAGCCUGAUAUUGUGUUUCACUUAUCAAUGACCCCCUUGUCUGAAACAAUCACAGUAACUGAUGGGGAACCAUAUCAGCAAGCUUUGUCUGAGAUGACAGGGACACAUAAGCCCAACACAGACAUCAGGACCGAUGAAGAUGUGCCGUUCCCAUCAACAACCAUUCCAACACACCUUAUAUCUGCAUCAAUAAUUAAUAUGACUACGGGCAUUGUAACAUUAGUGGGGUCUCCUUCAUCUACACCCAUACCAGAUCUGAGUGACAAAACAGAAACUCCGCUUUCCUCUGAGGAAGGGACAGAUGACGUAAUAGAUUAUGACACAAAAACUGAACCUUACAAAGUUGAGUCCAUACCAGAUGUCAUGAACAAAACAGACAUUGAGAAUGAGACUGCCUUAGACAUUAGCUCAGAAGAUGUGACAAGCAUUGAUGACAUCACCAAAACUGUAAGGGAGAAGAGCUUCACCACCUCACAGCCUGAUGUUGAGACUGAUUUUGAGACCAUAUCACAGCCUAAGUUUGAGACAAGCGUUGAGACCACCUCACAACCUGAUGUCAAGACUGGUUUUGAGUCUACCUCAGAGUCUGAAGUUGAGACUAGCUUUGAGACCAUCUCAGAAUCAAAAAUUGACAUUGGCAUUGAGACCACCUCACAGCCUGAUGUUAAGACUGAUUUUGAGACCACAUCACAGCCUAAGUUUGAGACAAGCUUUGAGGCCACCUCACAGCCUGAUGUUGAGACUGAUUUUGAGACCAUAUCACAGCCUAAGUUUGAGACAAGCUUUGAGACCACCUCACAGCCUUAUGUUGAGACUGGUUUUGAGUCUACCUCAGAGUCUGAAGUUGAGACUAGCUUUGAGACCAUCUCAGAAUCAAAAAUUGACAUUGGCAUUGAGACUACCUCACAGCCUGAUGUUAAGACUGAUUUUGAGACCACAUCACAGCCUAAGUUUGAGACAAGCUUUAAGGCCACCUCACAGCCUGAUGUUGAGACUGAUUUUGAGACCACAUCACAGCCUAAGUUUGAGACAAGCUUUGAGACCACUUCACAGCCUGAUGUUGAGACUGGUUUUGAGUCCACCUUAGAGUCUGAAGUUGAGACUAGCUUUGAGGCCAUCUCAGAAUCAAACAUUGACAUUGACAUUGAGACCACCUCACAACCUGAUGUUGAGACUGAUUUUGAGACCACAUCACAGCCUAAGUUUGAGACAAGCUUUGAGGCCACCUCACAGCCUGAUGUUGAGACUGGUUUUGAGUCCACCUCAGAGUCUGAAGUUGAGACUAGCUUUGAGACCAUCUCAGAAUCAAAAAUUGACAUUGGCAUUGAGACCUCCACAAAACCUGUGGAGGAUAGUGCAACAAGUAUUGAUGGAAACACACAAGCAGAAGUUUUGAAUACCAAGACCACCUCUCAUCUUGACACUGAAAAAAGUGUUGAGAUAACCAUGCAACCAGAAAUUGAGAGUGUCUCAAGAACUGACAGUGAUGCCUCAGUCACCAGCUCUGGGGACAUAAACACCAUAUCAUCCAAUAAGCAACACAUCACAACAAGACUUUUUGAUGUCACAGAUGAACCAAGUUCUGCUUCUGUUAGUGAAGAAAAAUCCUUGGAAGAAGAAAGAGUUGAGCAUACAACCAAACCUGAACUAUAUGACACAGAAGUCAGGACCACUGCACAACCUCAAUAUUAUGGUUCUGUAACUUCCAGUAGCUUGAAAAGCAGCUCAGAGGAGGAUUCGGUUAUGCCAGAUAUCCCAUCAUCUCAUGAGGUUCAGGCAGUGAUUCUGUCCACGGCAACAACCUCAUAUUUACUUCUGACACCUGAGACUGAUGUAAAGAUUGUCAGUAAGGAAACUGCCUCAAGGAAACAAGAGGCAGCUGGUCAGAUAGAGGAAGCUCUAACUCUUGCAACUGAGAUUCCUAUUCAAGAAACAGAAGAUCAAAUGACACCCUCAGUGCCUACAACUCCGAGUGAGACUGCAACACCAUUUGCUUCUUAUCAAGAUGUUUCUGAGGCCACUUUGGUUGAAAGCUCACCUCCAAGUUCACAGAAUGAAAGCAGUCCAGCAGACCUUGCAUACACAAUGAUUGGGCAAACAGUAGAUAUUGCAGGUGUUCACUCCUGUUCUGAUGAUGUUUGCUUGAAUGGUGGUUCUUGUUUAAAAAUAGGCGGUGCUCAGAUCUGCAACUGUCCACCUGGAUACACUGGUGAACAAUGUGAACUAGACAUUGAUGAAUGUCACACAAACCCUUGUUGGAAUGGAGGAACAUGUAUUGAUGGCCUAAACUCAUUCACCUGUGUAUGUCUUCCGAGUUAUGCAGGAGCACUGUGUGAGCAAGACACUGAAACAUGCAGCUACGGCUGGCACAAGUUCCAGGGCCACUGCUACAAAUACCUUCCCCAUCGGCGUAACUGGGACACAGCAGAGCGUGAAUGUCGUCUCCAGGGGGCACACCUUGCUAGUGUUUUGUCCCAUGAGGAGCAGCAGUACAUCAACCGCCUUGGCCAUGACUACCAGUGGAUCGGUCUGAAUGAUAAGAUGUUUGAGAAUGAUUUCCGGUGGACAGAUGGUAGUGUUGUGCAAUAUGAAAACUGGAGACCGAACCAGCCAGACAGUUUCUUCUCCUCAGGGGAAGAUUGUGUGGUAAUGAUCUGGCAUGAGGACGGCCAGUGGAAUGAUGUUCCCUGCAACUACCACCUUACCUUUACCUGCAAGAAAGGCACAGUGUCCUGCAGUCAGCCUCCUCUUGUCCAUAACGCCCGCACAUUUGGCCAGCCGCGCCCACGCUAUGAGAUCAACUCCUUGAUCAGGUACCAGUGCAAGGAUGGCUUCAUCCAGAGGCAUGUUCCCACCAUUCGCUGCAGAGGAGACGGCUCAUGGGAUUUGCCUAGGAUUUCCUGCAUGAAUCCGUCCAACUUCCAAAGGACAUAUACAAAACGAUAUCAAACAUACAGAGUUUUUCGCAGUCAUCGGAAGAGAUCUGCAGAAAAUUCUGUUGAUGUACCACGACGACACCAUCACCAUGGUGUAAAACACAAUCGGACACAACAAUAGUUGCUAUGGUGACACAACCAUAAUGCAAGGGCCUUUUUAAUGUAUUUUGAUAGCAUGUGACGGACCUGCCUGCUGUCUGAAAGAAAAAAAAAGAAAAGAAAAAAAUUAAAAGAAAAGAUUAUGAAAAGGACCAGAAAAAGGGUCAAGAGUGGAAUAUCACUGGAAUAAAACAGUGCUUUUUUUCUGUGUUUUUAUUUUUUAAGAGAGAUGGUUUUUGAAAACUAUAAAAAGGACACAUUCAGCUGGCCUCUGAAAACACAAAAAGAUUAUCUGACCUUCCCUCCAUCUGUUCUGCUUCUUCUUACGCAGAAUACGCAGUGCCUUCAUAAAUUAUAGCUCACAAUCCAGAUGUAGUGAGCUAUAAUAGUGCAGCCAGAAUAAUUUUCAUGGGAUUUUAGCCUGUAAACCUAAUGGUAAAUUUUUAACACACUAAAAAUUACCUAUGAUUCCUUUCAAUCUUUUUUUCAAGUUUACAAGAACCACAGGUGUAUGCAGACAGUCUGCUGCUUACUGAACAAAUGAGAAAUCAUACACAUGAAUGUGAAAGAAUAUAUAUUUAUAUAGAGAGAGUGAGCAAUGGCUCACGUUGAGUUAGUGUUUGUUUUGGUAGAAAAAAGGUCAAUGAUAUAAAAAAAAACUGUAUGCGAUGUGGAUGGGUUUGAUAUCUGAAAGUCAACACAAUAUGUUUAAUACGGUAUUCAAUAUUGAAAAGCCAUGUAGAUCUUAGAUUAUUUAUAUUCCUCUGUUUGAUGUCUCUUUCAAGUGUUUACAAUGCAGAUCCUGUUAAACAUACAUUUAAUUCCACCAUUUUUUUUUUUUUUUUACAUCUAUAAACCAUAGAAACUUCUUGUAUGUAUUUCACAUCAUUUCAACUUUCAUCAACUUCAACUUUUCUUUUUUCUUGGACACUUUAAAACUAUUUUAAAGAGAAUGUACUUUGUGAGAUGCUUAAAAGACUUGAACAAAUGUCUUUUUAACAAGAUGCCUGUAAUUUAUUAUUUGAGCUGCUCCUUGUCUUCUCAUGGUACAUACUGAGAAUUUAACUUGGCCAAACUGCACAUUUACAGAAUUCAGAAAAUUAGUGUAAAGGACAGUUUGUCAAAAGCUGGCAUUGAUGUGACUAACAGAUGACAUUUGCAACUCACAGAAU